AUCUGAAUCCAAUAUCCUGAACGAGUAUUCUUAUUCAAAUGAUUUUAUGCAUUUGAGAGAACUAUACGAAAGGUGGUGAAAGGGAAAAGAGAAUGGAAAAGGAAGAAGAGGAUCGUAGAAGAGAAGCUGCAAUCGCAUCCACGCCCUGCCUCCGACCUAAUUUCAAACCUAAAGGCGUUACGCAGCACCAGCUCGAAAAAUUUCGUGAAUUGCACAAGAGGCGCUUGCAAGUGAAAUCAAAAUCAAAGUUCAAAAUAAAAUCCAAAGACGGGCCUAACAAAAAGUCACAUGGUGAUGAUUUAUGUAGCCAAGACAGCGUAGCUCAAGGUUCAAAAGUUGAUCCCAAGGAAUCCGGUUAUUGGAAUGAUUGUGAAGGAAUUGAUUCUAGAAAUGAAGAAGCAAAGGAUGAUAUGCCUGUGAUUUCUGCGCCAAAUAAGCGAAAAUUGCAUUGGGGGCUUGACACCAAGAACAGGUGGGAGAGGAAAUCCAACAUGUAGAUAUCACCAUUGAACUGAAGUGGGGGAAUUCGUGAAUUUUGGUUAAGAUGAUCAUGAGAAGAGGUAAUACUCAUGAUCAAAAGACCAUGGGAGUGACCUGAGACAUUGUGUUGCAAUUACACAUGUAGAGAAUGCUAAGAGAAGAUAAGUUAUUCAUGUUGGGCCUUAAAAGUUCUCACGUAACAUCACAGAUAUCAGUAAGAUAGUAAAUAACUCUGUUGUGGUUAUUUGUAGAAAGUAACUUUGUUAGAUAGAGAACUAAUGUUUUAUUUGGUAUAUUAGCAUUGUAAACAUUUUAUUCAAACAAAUUCUUUGAUCUUUAAUGAAAAAGAAAACUUAGAAAUUUUGCUG